AUGCGCGUCCCAACCCUCCCGACCCUCAUCCGAACCCUCACCCUCACCAAUAUCACCGCGACCCUCCCCCGCCUGCCGCAGUCGCCCUUCGCCAACGGUCGCCACCCGACCCGCCUCCUCCUCCGGUCCAUGCCCAGCGUCCCCUUCCUCGGCUCCCUGUUCGGCGGUCAGCAGUCCAGAGACAUGACGGACUACCCGGUCAAGAAGGGCGAGGACGAGUGGCAGGCCGUGCUGUCGCCGGAGCAGUUCCGCGUCAUCAGGCAGAAAGGCACCGAGGCGCCCUUCACGGGGGAGUACGAUCGCCACAUGCCGUCCGAAGGCACCUAUGAAUGCGCCGCCUGCCACACCCCGCUCUACCGCGCGACGCACAAGUUCAAAUCCGGCUGCGGCUGGCCCGCCUACUUCGACUCCAUCCCCGGCGCCGUGACCCGGCACACCGACUCCACGUUCGGCAUGGCGCGGACGGAGAUCCUGUGCAGCAAGUGCGGCGGCCACCUGGGCCACGUGUUCAAGGGGGAGGGCUAUCCCACCCCGACGGACGAGAGGCAUUGUGUCAAUAGUGUCAGUUUGAAGUUUGCGAAGGAGGACCGGGAGGGGAAGUCCGGGGUGUGA